AUGGCGCGGGCAGCGCUGCGGCGCGGUGCGCUCGGCCGCCGCCUGGCGCGGCCGCCGGCGCUCGGCGGGAGGACGGCGGCGGCGGGCUGGAACGGCCCGGCGGCCGGAGGAGCGGUGCAGUACUGCGCCGAGCUGGUGCGGAAGCGUGACUAUGAAGGGUUUCUGUGUUCUCUGCUGUUGCCUGUGGAAUCUCGAACCUCUGCUUUUGCCUUGAGAGCCUUUAAUGUGGAACUGGCUCAGAUUAAAGACUCCAUAACUCAGAAGAUGACAGGUUUGAUGCGGAUGCAGUUCUGGAGGGAUGCUGUGGAGGACAUAUACAGCGAUAACCCACCACAUCAGCCCGUUGCUACAGAGCUGUGGAGGGCUGUCAAGAGGCAUAACCUGACUAAAAUGUGGUUCACAAAGAUCAUAGAUGAAAGAGAGAAGAAUUUGGAUGAUAGGGCGUACCGUAACAUCCAGGAGCUCGAAACAUACGCUGAGAACACUCAGAGUGCUCUCUUGUACCUCACCUUGGAAACGCUGGGUGUGAGGGACAUCCAUGCUGACCAUGCAGCCAGUCACAUUGGGAAGGCACAAGGCAUAGUUACCUGUUUAAGAGCAACUCCGUAUCACUGUACAAGACGAAAGGUUUUUCUUCCCAUGGACAUUUGUAUGUUGCAUGGAGUUUCACAAGAGGAUUUCAUAAGAGGCAAGCAAGAAAAAAAUGUGAGAGAUGUAAUUUAUGACAUCGCCAGCCAGGCCCAUAUUCAUCUAGAACAUGCUAGAUCUUUCAGUAAGAAAGUUCCUGUGAAGGCGUAUCCUGCUUUUUUCUGUACGGUUGCUUUAGAUGAUUAUUUAUAUAACAUGCGGAAAGUGGACUUCAAUAUAUUUCAUCCAAGCUUACAAAAGAAGAGUACAUUAUUACCAUUGUAUUUGUAUAUUAGAUCUUGGAAAAAAACAUAUUAAAGUUUGCUUGGUUAUUUUAAUAUGGA